AAAAAAAAAAAAAAAAACAUGACGUCAUGUGUAAAAAAGAGUUAUCUAAAAAAGCCUGCGUGUCACUAGACGAAUAAACUUACUACUAUUCACAUUGAUUCCGAUUGGAUUUGGAACCUAAAACACUAAAGAGAUUAAAAUUUUGAAUUCUUCAUCAUGACGACGACGACGACGAUUCAGUCUCCUCUCUCUACACGUUGAAUUUCAAUCGGCUUCACGAACCUUCAACCUCGUGCGGAUCGAAAUUCGAUCAGUUUGUAGUAACCGACAAGUUCCGAAGAUUUUUCAUCUGCUGGAUUUCGUCGAUCAGAUUGAAACCGAGCUUUUCAAUCAGGUGACUUGGAUAUUUCUCUACGUUAUGCUCGAUCUGAAGAAUUGGGAUUCAAAUCUAGUCUCAUAGAUCGAUUCUGAUUAAACUCGUGGAGAUCCAAUCUCUAUCACUAGUUCGAUUGGAUUGUUGUUUGUUAUCUUCAAGGCCUCUCUGUGUUUGUGAGUGAGAUGGUAUAUUUGCAUAGCUCAAUCUCGGUCUGCAAUUCCGUCGACCCAAUGAUCAUGUCUCACUCCUCACCUAAAUCCAGAAACACCCGUAAUAAAUCUUCAUCAUCACCAACCUGUUCCAAAUUCCCUGUCUGCGACGGAUCUCAGUCCGCUGCUAUCGACGUCGUGAUCCUUAUCGCGGUCAUCACCGCCUGCGGCUUCCUCUUCUUCCCUUACGUCAAACUCAUCACCCUCAAAUCGAUUGAGGUCUUUUCAGAUCUCUCUCUUUUAGUCAAACAAGAGAUUUUGCAGAACCCGAUUGUGUAUGGAUCAUUAGCUUUGAGUAUCUUCUGUGCUGCCAUCUCUACUUGGCUUGUUAUACUCUUGUGUACUAUGCAGAGAUGCGGCAAACCGAAUUGUAAAGGCCUUAGGAAAGCUGUUGAGUUUGAUAUUCAGCUUGAGACUGAGGAAUGCGUCAAGAGCUCCAGCAACAAGAGGGGAAUGUUUGAGUUGCCUCGUGUUCAUCACCGUGAAUUGGAAGCUGAGCUGAAGAAGAUGGCUCCGCCUAAUGGGCGAGCCGUGCUUGUUUUCAGAGCGAGGUGUGGUUGUUCUGUAAGGAGAUUAGUCGUUUCCGGGCCAAAGAAGCAGCAGAGGAAGAUCAAGAAAUGAAUAAGCGAACAAAGUUAUUAUAUAUAUAAAAAAAGGUUCAAUCUUUGGAAAUGAGAUUGGAUCACUACACUUUUCUUCGGUUAGUUUUAUUCUCUCAUACACACUCUUUUACAAAAACUUAUAUAUGUUAUAGUCCAUGUGUUUAAAUAAUGUACAAUUGGAAUAAGCAUUGUAAGGAUAUUGUGGGAACCAGGUUAUAGUGAAGAACAUUUUGGUUAUACUCUCUGAUUUGCU